AUGAUAUCCUCUGCAAAACUCCCAUUAUUUAGCUCUAUACCUUACUCCUGGCAAUAUCCCUAUAACGCGAAUGAACUAGGCACAUCAUGGAAUCAUGUAACUGGUCAAAACGACAACUUAUGGGUGAGGAUUAGCCGAUCACUGAACGGGUACGAACAGACUGAUAUUGAAACACUGAAGCAGAAUAAUAUUAUACUAAGGGACAAAUUAAUGGGCUUAACACAUGCAGAAUACGAAGAAUUAAUUAACCCAUACAAUGCUGUGAUGAACGAUAAAACUAGAAGACUGGAAGCAGGGGACGUGUCAUACCGGAACUUCUCUAAGAAUGGUUUAGAUAUAAUAAAAUAUAAUAAUAACUCUAAUUCACGCUGUAGAAAUAACAGUCCCCGCGGUACUUUAAAGACAAAGUUGAAAGACAUGAGGCAUCGUGAUACCGUUAAUAAAUCAAACGAAUCCUUAGACCUGAAUUAUUGUGGUCAUGAUCAGGAGAAAGAAGUUGUCAGAUUCAUUAACUAUGGCAGUGUGCAGAGUCCUUCCAAGGCACGGGAUGAUUUUUCUAAGGAUGGGGGUGCAGUGCAUACAUCCACCAGUUGCACCAGUGUGGAGAGUCUGUUUGAAGGACGAAAUGAUGUUAGUGAUGAUCAAGAAGGAAUUAGCAGAAUGACAGAAUCAUCAACAUAUCGUACUGUACACACAGGGUCCUGUAUUAUAACGGCAGCUGAUAUCGACGAUGAAGUUUGCCAUUACCUAGAUAAAUUGCUACAGGAGCAUAAAUCUGCCGGCAGUCGCAAAGGAGGUUUGCUGAAGAACACCGCUUUAGGUAAAAUGUUUAAAAAACAAGAUCCCAAAGUUGGAUCGGAAGGAUUAUUACCAGCAUCACAAAACAAGGUUCAAGUUGAAGAAGUAGCAAAGACACCCAGACGACUCUUUAGCGCAUGGACACAUACUUUACUUACGCGUGAAAAACUUGUCACCGUGACUGCGGCCAUGUCUGCUUUUAAUAUAAUAGAACUGUAUUUGUACUUGGUUCUUGGGCAGCCAAUUGUGUGUGUCAUACUCCUGCUUGCAGUUGCGAGCACAAUAGCCAUUAUGCUUCCGGUUCUCCUAUUCCGCUUUUGCAGAAGGAAAAGAUCAGGAAUGUCGAAUAAUAUUUUGAGUGAAUGA